AUGGGAGAGGGAGGUAUCUUUAGAGACUGGCAGAGCAAUGUUAGAAGAUGCUUUGCGAUUUUUCAAGGAGUGGGAAAGAACUACAUGGCAGAAUUGGGAGCAUUUUUCACUGGAGUUUCACAGGCGCAAGAGCUGGCCAUCGACAAAUUGUGGAUUGAGAAUGACUCCACAGCACUUGUAGCAGCAGUACUCAACCGCACUUACCCUUGGAAAUAUAUGCAAGAUUGGUGGAGAGUGGUGGCAUAUCUUGACUCAAUACAAUGGAGAAUCACGCACUGUUUCCGGGAAGCAAACUCUGCUGCAGACGCCCUAGCGACUCAUGCAGCAAAAAGAAGAACUUCUACAAAAUGGGAUUCAGCGCCAAGCUUUGUCACCUGUAUGGUGAGCUAG